AGAAACAAGAGAAAAAUAUAUUAUAACGUAAAACUUUAUUAAAACAAUAAUAUGCUAGACUAGUGAAUUUUCGAAAGCCUGGCGUAGAACAAUAUAACGAAAUCAACCAAUCAAAAGAGCUUCAAACAUACUCAAAUUCUAUUUGAGGCAUGAAAAAAUCUACUUGUCGAGUGUAGCUCGCUUUUUAUUUUUAGGCGAAGAAAAAAAAAACGUGCGUGAAAAGAGUUGAGUUUUGAUAAAACAUUUAUAAACAAGGAAUUACACUCCGAGAGAGACAUGAAAACAAGCAGAAGCGCUAGUCUUUCUGAUGAGUGGGAAAAAAAUAAUAUCUGAGAAAAAUAACAAGCUUUUGAAAAUGGAUCAACUUUGUGUCGCUUGUAAUAAACUUCAUCCUCGACAAAGUACAUCUUGCACAUGUGGUCAUGUGUUAAAAGAUAGCAUUACUGUUUUUAACGCAGACUUGGCAUAUCGAACUCGAAAAUCUGUGUCUCUUUCAAGUUGCUCCAGCUCUGAAAGUUCCUCACCAUCAUCAAAACAGGAAAAGGAAAAAUUUAACUUCACGCAAUUUCCACCUUAUUCAACCUCCAAGAAAACAAAAACAUGUAACUACAAUAAUAAUGCAAAUGAAAGUAACGUCAGGUCGGAAGUAAAGAAGAAAGCAUCGUCUAAAUUUCCACGAGUCAUAUACAGAUGUAAAAGUUAUAAAAAGGCGAAACCAUCGGAAAUGAACAAGCAAUUUGAUUUCUCCUUGUUUGAUUCUCAUGAUCCGUGCUAUCCAAAAGCUUUGACUGAUAUCAAUGAAAAGAUAGAGAGACAGAAUGCUUUGUAUAAAAUUCUUGGCUCGUUGUGACAGGAAUGUAUAAACAGCCGUCAGGCGUAUAACUUAAAACAUACACGCUUGUUCACGACAUUUUAUUUAGUAAAAGUAUUUAUAACGUUAAAAAUGAAAAAUGUAGAUAUUCCACGUCAUAAACGAUCCUGAAAGAAUCUUCUGAGUGCAAAUUAAAAAAAAAUUAUUUUA